UUGUUUUAUCAUUCUGUUAUUUUGGAAGUUACAGGGACACACACACAUUUACCACUUAGGUAGUGUGUCUCCCGCGCAAACUAUUCAGUUUAGAAAAAAAUGAUAUUAGAAACCUCAAUAUCAUUUUUGAAGACGUAUCCAUAGACACCCCAUACGUAUGGGUUUGAUGAAAAAAAUUUUUUUGAGUUGCAGUUCUAAGUAUGGGGAACCCCCAAAAUUUAUUGUUUUUUUUUUCUAUUUUAGUGUGAAAAUCUUAAUGCGUUUCAUAUAAUACAUCUACUUACCAAGUUUGAACAGUAAGAGUUCUUAUACUUUCGGAAAAAAGUGACAUAAACGGACAGACAGAUGGACAUGACGAAUCUAUAAGGGUUCAGUUUUUUGCCAUUUGGCUACGGAACCCUAAAAAUACUACCUACGUAUGAAAAUUCUGCUCAAUAAGAUAGUUGUUAAAUUACUUUUAUGCUAUCUUCUUAAAACUUGAUCUGACUCAAAAUAUAAACCAGCUUCAACGCGAAAGCAGUCGCUUGAGUUCACAAAAAUAAAACUAAAUUGCUUGAAAUGGAACGCAGCCGUAGUAAAGUUGGCUGCUGUCAACAAAAAUAACAAUAGUGAAGUUCGUGCGUUAGCCUCAACGAUGGCUCUACGGUCUGUUAUGGCUUCUAAAAUACCAAUGGUGAUAAUUCUAGGUGCUACAGGGACUGGAAAGACUAAGUUAAGUGUUGAGCUGGCCCAGAAAUUCCAGACAGAGAUCAUUAGCGCGGAUUCCAUGCAGGUAUACAAAGGGCUGGACGUAGUGACUGCUAAGGCCACGACUGCUGAGAGGGCUUUGGCUCCCCACCACCUGCUGGACAUCUUGGAGCCUCACCAGAAUUUCACCGUCGUGGACUUCAGGAACCGCGCGCUGAAGAUUAUACAAGAGCUAACAGAAAAAGGAAAAAUCCCAAUAAUCGUCGGCGGAACAAAUUACUACAUGGAAUCUAUUGUUUACAAUAUUCUAGUAGAAGAAGAGUCUAAUUCUGAAGAACUUCUUUGGAAUAGAAGCACAAGAAAAAGAGAUAUUGAUGAUGCAGGUCCUAGUUCUGAUGAACCUAAUGCGAAAAAUCCAGCCAUAGAUACAAACAACCAAACAUCUUCAGAAUCUAAUAAAGAUGAUAGUAAAACUAAACCACAGAUUGAAAUUACUGAUGACAUAGACAAAGAAAAGGUGAAAUAUGAAGUAGAUAAUGAAAAGCUGUUGACGAAUGAAGAUAUACAUUUGAGAUUGAUGAGUAUAGACCCGGUUAUGGCGGAAAGAUUGCAUCCAAAUAACAGGCGGAAGAUGCUAAGGUCCAUCGAGGUGUGGCUCAAAACGGGGCGACGGCAUAGCGAAAUACUAGAAGAACAGAAGCAACGCGAAGGCUGCCUCCGACGGCCCGGCGCUACAGUCGUGCUGUGGCUUAAAUGUGAACAGAAAGUCCAUGACGAGCGUUUGGAUAAGCGCGUGGACGCCAUGUUGGAGCAGGGGCUCAUCGAGGAGCUACUCAACUUCCAUGAGCGACACAACAAGCAGAGGCUGAAGGAUGGAAAACCACCAGACUACACCCGUGGAAUCUUCCAAACGCUCGGUUUUAAGGAGUUCCACGACUACCUGAUGCUGAGCGAAGAUGAGCGGCAGGGUCGCCCUGACUUGCUGCAACAGAGCAUUGUAAACAUGAAGAUGGGGACCCGGCGGUACGCGCGGCGGCAGAACAAGAUGGUGAAGGGACGGUUCCUGGAGCACCCUAAUAGGGAGGUUCCUCCAAUUUAUGAACUGGACACAACGGACGUUUCAGCAUGGGAUACUCAAGUAAAAGAGAAAGCUAUACACGUAAUCGAAAGUUAUCUCCAUGGAACUCCUUGCCAAUAUGAACCAUUGACAUCGGAAACUAAAGAAGCAAAAAAAGAUAUCAAUCCAUUUUCUAACAAUUACUGUGAAGUCUGUAAAAGAGUACUUAUCGGAGACAAGGAAUAUGGGAUACAUAUGAAGUCAAAUAAGCAUAUGAAAGUUUUGAAAAAAAGAAAAUUGGAAGAGAAAAAGAAAUUAGAAUCAAAAACAGAUUCUGAUAAUGUUAAUGUUUAAUUAUAUUUAUUAAUUGUGUGAAUAAAACAAACUGCUGAACUAAAAAUCUGUCUUUAAUAUAACAUAAUCCUUAAAUAUUUACAA